CCCGUUUGGGUCUGUUGGGCCUGAUUGUAGUAGAGGAAGUAUGUGGACCGGGGGUCCCUGGGCCAUAUACUCCAUCAACCCUAUUGUCCUUAACUCUAUAAUUUCGAUCAUUACCAACAAUUUCCAUGGGCCGUGGUACUCAUUUAAGCAUGUAGAUGCAAAUCAACAAGAACACUGGUGGCGGUUGUUUGAGAGAAAGUAUGACUGUGACCCAUGCUAUAAUAACAGAAUAAAGAAGAGGUUUCGUUCUAGGGCAUAUGAAUGGUUAAGCAAGAACAUUGGCCGCGCAAGACGGCAGAACAAGAAGCCGGAGUGGAUAUGUGAUGGUGACUGGAUGUUGUUGAAAGAGUAUUGGGGGUCUGAUUCAUUCAAGAAGAAGAGUGCUGCCGGGAAGAAAACCCGCAACUCCCAGAAGGCGAAGGAGUCACAGUAUCGUGGCGGGCGGAUUCCGGUCAGUAGACAUGUUGAAAAAACGACCAAAGAUUUGAAUCGGGCGCCUCUUAAGAUUGAAGUUUAUGAGAAGGUGUAUGUUCCCAAGGAAUUGAAGCAAAAGUACAAUGAGUUGAAGGUGGAGGCUGAAUCUCAAGGGAAAUCGUACGAGGUUGAUUAUCGAGGACGGCGGUACGGGACGGGGUCUGAAGCGGAGUCUCUAUCCGGAAGCAUUGAAUGUUCAAGCCGGCACUCGGGGCCCACCCAACAGGAGAUUGAUGCCCUUAUAGAAACGCAAGUGGAAGCCCGAUUCGCGUAGCAGGAGAAAGUUUGGCGAGAGCAGAUGGAGAACAUGUCCAGUGCAUUUAUGUCAGUUUUGCGACAAGUCCAAACCUCUAACCCGUCUGUCACGAUGCCCAAUCUGGAAGCUUUGUGUACCUCGACCCUUGUUCCGAUGAACUGCCUGCAUGAUUCCCCCGAAGUUCGAAUGGAUGAACUGUUUUCCGACAUUAAUACAAAUGACGUUGUUGGCCUAGUUAAUGUCGGUUGGUUGAAUGUUAUGGACAUCUUUAUAAUUUC